GCGGAGCGUGAGCGGGAGGCGGAGCCGGGGGAGCUGCUCCUGUAGCUCCCCCUGGCCUCAGGCGCAGCUGCUUGAGGGGGGAGGAGUUACCGCCACCGUUCGGUACGUCGCCUUCGCCCCUGGUACCCCAGUCGGCAAUGAUGGCAGUGACCUAAAAUCCUCAGGAAGCCCCGGGGUCAUGGCCCAGAAGCACCCGGGAGAAAGAGGGUUGUGUGGAGCCCACCACGUUGGUGGUUCCUCCCUCAGUACAUCAGGAUCCUCUGUGGACCCCGAAAUACUUUCAUUCUCAGGACUCAGGGACUCGGCAGAGACUGCUCCUAAUGGUACACGAUGCUUCAAAGAGCACUCCGACCCUAACUACACACAGCCUCCAAACCCAGCCCACUGGUCGGAUCCAAGCCAUGCUCCUCCAAGGGGUCCAGGACCACCUAGAGAAGGAGGCUAUCCUGAUGAGAGCGAGACAUGUUCAGAAGAGUCAGGAGUGAAUGAGACUGGGUACCAGGAGGAUGGGAGCCCUCCCUUUCUUUCCAUUCCAUCUGCUUGUAACUGCCAGGGAAGCCCUGGAGUCCCUGAAGGGACUUACUCCGAGGAAGGAGAUGGCUCUUCUAGUAGCCUUUGCUACCACUGCACCUCUCCAGCCUUGGGGGAAGAUGAAGAGUUAGAAGAAGAAUACGAUGAUGAGGAACCUCUUAAAUUUCCCAGUGAUUUUUCACGAGUGUCGAGUGGAAAGAAACCCCCGUCCCGGAGGCAGAGACACCGAUUUCUGACCAAGGAGGAUGUUCGGGUUAGUGGGCGCAGAGAACCCAGGGCCCCAGGUCGUCAUCGGCUGGCCCGAAAACGAAGUCAGACAGAUAAGCGCAGAGGCCUGGGACUGUGGGGAGUAGAGGAACUAUGUCAGCUUGGACAGGCAGGCUUCUGGUGGCUGAUUGAACUUCUGGUAUUAGUGGGAGAGUAUGUGGAAACUUGUGGCCAUCUCAUUUAUGCAUGCAGGAAGCUGAAAGGCAGUGACCUGGACCUUUUUCGAGACUGGGUGGGGGUCUGGGCCAGGAGAUUGGGGGGCUGGGCCCGUGCGAUAUUCUGGUUUCUAAGUAAGAGCUUCCUCUGUGCAGCAGGCCUGUUCAUUCGUAUUCUUAGGGUAGUGGGUGCUUUCCUCCUCCUGGCUUUAGCCCUCUUUUUGGGAUGUCUACAGUUGGGCUGGAGGUUUUUAGUGGGACUGGGCAACCGGUUAGGCUGGAGGGAUAAGACCGCUUGGCUGUUCUCUUGGCUGGAUUCUCCAGCCUGGCAUCAUUGCUUGACUCUGCUGAAAGGUAGCAGGCCGUGGCAGAAGCUGGUAAGAUUGAUACAGCGGGGCUGGCUGGAGCUGCCCUGGGCCAGGCAGAGGACUAAGAAGCAGGGCAGUGCACCUGUAGCUGGCGGGCGGUGCUGCCAGCCUGAAGAGGAGGUAGCCCGACUCCUGACCCUGGCGGGGGUCCCUGAGGAUGAACUAAACCCCUUUCAUGUGCUGGGGGUUGAAGCUACAGCAUCUGAUACUGAACUCAAGAAGGCCUACAGGCAGCUAGCGGUAAUGGUCCAUCCUGAUAAAAAUCACCAUCCACGGGCUGAGGAGGCCUUCAAAGUUUUGCGGGCAGCUUGGGACAUUGUCAGCAACCCAGAGAGGCGGAAGGAAUAUGAGAUGAAACGGAUGGCAGAGAAUGAACUCAGCCGGUCAGUGAAUGAGUUUCUGUCGAAGCUACAAGAUGACCUCAAGGAGGCAAUGAAUACUAUGAUGUGCAGCAGAUGCCAAGGAAAGCAUAGGAGGUUUGAAAUGGACCGGGAACCCAAGAGUGCCAGAUACUGUGCCGAGUGUAACAGGCUGCAUCCUGCUGAGGAGGGAGACUUCUGGGCAGAGUCCAGCUUGUUGGGCCUCAAGAUCACCUACUUUGCGCUGAUGGACGGAAAAGUGUAUGACAUUACAGAAUGGGCUGGAUGCCAGCGUGUGGGCAUCUCCCCAGAUACCCACAGAGUUCCUUACCACAUCUCAUUUGGUUCUCGGGUACCAGGCACCAGUGGCCGGCAGAGGACCACCCCAGAUUCCCCUCCUGCUGACCUGCAGGAUUUCUUGAGCCGGAUCUUUCAAGUACCUCCAGGGCCGAUGUCCAAUGGGAACUUCUUUGCUGCACCUCACCCUGGCCCUGGGACCACUUCGACCUCCAAGCCCAACAGUUCAGUACCCAAGGGAGAAGCCAAACCUAAACGGCGGAAGAAAGUGAGACGGCCCUUCCAACGAUGACACCCCUUCUCUUCCUUCCUCAAGUCAAUGUCAGGGAGUCAAAAGGGCUGUGUACAGCACAGGAUGGAAUUUGGUUUAUUUUAAAAUACUUUAAAAAGGGAAACAUUUUAAAUUGUUCACUCAGUAUUUAGAGGAAGCCCAUGACCUCUUCCCCUUCUUCCCCAACACCCAGGAACUGAAUCUUGUUUUCUGACAAUACCAAAGAAAUAGGAGGUGGCUAGAGCAAAGAACUUAGGGUCUGGACCUAGUCCAGACAAUACGUUUCUGAGGUGUGGGAACUUGGGAUUUCUCUGGGGUCUGUAUGCCUUUAUCUUAUCAUUUGCUCUUAGAGCAGAUGAAACACACCCCCUUUUAAAUGAGUAUAUCUUAUUUCUUAAUCAUUUCAGGGGUCCUCCCCCUGUUUACCCUGAUAUACUAGCUAAAAGAAAAAGCAUGUAGCCCUGAUUUUGGAGAUACAGAACUCAAGAGUGGAAACUGAUUUUUUUCCCCUUUCACUUUAUGGGUAAGCCACCUAACUUCAGGCUUAUUGUUGCAAGGAUGACAAAAUUAAUUUUUAAAAAGCAGAUUUAUGCCCUGUGCCCUUGGGUGAGGGGGAAGGAUAGAGGGGUUCCAAAAGGCCCCCCUGUUAGCCAAGGGUUUGUAUUUUUUUAAGUUUGUUCAUAUUUGUAUGUACAUAUCUAUUUAAAGCCAGGGGAUUAUCUUUCUAUAAAUAUAUAACUGGCAACUUA